AUGGAUCAAGUUGGGUACUUUUUCCUGGAAACACUAUUGAAUACAGCCCGCUUUAUGAUUGUUACAAAUGUUAAAGAAGUGGAGUUCGUGUUUGAUUGCCAUAAUUUCAGUGAAGAAAAGAAGGUACGACUAUGUCUUGCUCAAUUCAAAGAUUAUGUAGUAACAUGGUGGGACAAAUUAAUGUCAAUUAGGAGACGAAACCUUGAGGCGCCAAUCGAUUCAUGGUAUGAGUUCAAGGAGUUGUUGAGGAGGCGAUUUGUUCCUAGACAUUUCCACAGGAAAACAGCGCAAAAGCUCCAAGUGUUGAGACAAGGUAGUAAGUCUGUGGAGGACUAUUACAAGGAGAUGGAUACGUUGAUGAAUCGGCUGGAUCUUGAAGAGGACAUGGAGAAUCUCAUGGCACGGUUUCUUAAUGGCUUAAACAAGGAGAUUGCGGAUAAGGUUGAUCUACAACCUUACUUUAACAUCGAAGAGAUGUUGCACCUUGCCAUCAAAAUUGAGAAGCAGCUCCAAAGGCGAUCUCAAAGGUAUUCUACUAAGCCAUUUUCCCAUUCAUCUUCUACAUGGAAAACGGAUAGUAAGAGUGCUGAUUCUAAACUUAGAAAUCGAGAGGCAUAUAAACCAAAAGAAAAGUUUGAGAAAGGAGAGAGUUCCAAGAAGGGGAAAGAAAAGUUGAUGCCUAAUGUGAGAAAUCGGGAUAUUAAAUGCUGGAAAUAUCAAGGAGUAGGACAUUACAGUCGAGACUGCCCUAAUAGAAGAACUAUGAUAAUUAGAGAAGGAGAGUUUGUAACAGAAGAUGAGAAGGAAGAUGAGGAGUAUAGUGAAGAGGACCCUACACAUAUGUCCUUAGUCACUAGGAGAGCUCUCAGUACUCAAAUUAAGGAGGAUGGCCUAGACCAACAAGAGAACUUAUUUCACACUAGGUGUCUUGUCCAAACUGUGCCUUGUAGUGUGGUUAUUGAUAGUGGUAGUUGUACCAACGUUGUAAGUUCUAUUCUGGUCAAGAGGCUUAACUUAGAGACAAAACCACAUCCUAGACCAUAUAAACUUCAAUGGUUGAGUGAUUGUGGGGAGGUAAAGGUGAGUAGACAAGCUCUUGUUUCUUUUGCUAUUGGAAAAUAUGUUGAUGAUGUUUUGUGUGAUGUUGUACCUAUGCAUGCCGGGGAUAUAUUGUUGGGUAGACCUUGGCAAUUUGACCGUCGGGAAUUUGAGGACGUGUUCCAAGAAGAUAUACCUAAAGGGUUACCUCCAAUUAGAGGUAUUGAACAUCAAAUAGACUUCAUACCAGGGGCUACCAUUCCAAAUAGGCCAGCUUAUAGAGCAAAUCCAACUGAGACAAAGGAAAUUGAAAGGCAAGUGGAGGAGCUCAUGGAGAAAGGCUAUGUUCGCGAAAGUUUGAGUCCAUGUUCUGUACCGGUCAUAUUGGUGCCAAAGAAGGAUGGAACUUGGCGCAUGUGUGUUAACUUUCUUGGCUUCAUAGUUGGUAAAAAUGGAGUUGAAGUUGAUGAAGAGAAAGUUAAGGCAAUUAGGGAUUGGCCAACACCAAAAAAAGUCAGUGAGGUUCGGAGUUUUCAUGGUCUAGCUAGCUUCUAUAGAAGGUUUAUAAAGGACUUUAGUACCAUAGCUGCACCAUUGAAUGACUUAGUGAAAAAGAAUGUUGUUUUUGAAUGGGGGGAAAUGCAAGAGAGAGCUUUCAAUGAACUUAAGGGAAAAUUAACCAAUGCAUCAUUACUUGUCUUGCCUAACUUUGAUAAAACUUUUGAAAUCGAGUGUGAUGCAAGUGGUUUGGGCAUAGGUGCUGUUUUGAUGCAAGAUGGAAAGCCCUUAAUGUAUUUUAGUGAAAAACUAAAUGGGGCUUCGUUGAACUAUCCUACCUAUGAUAAAGAAUUGUUUGCUUUAGUUCGUACAUUGCARGUAUGGCAACACUACCUGUGGCCGAGAGAAUUUGUGAUCCACACCGAUCAUGAAAGCUUGAAGCAUCUUAAAGGUCAAAGCAAGCUAAAUCGUAGGCAUGCAAAGUGGGUAGAGUUUAUUGAAACAUUCCCCUAUGUUAUCAAAUAUAAGCAAGGUAAGGACAAUGUGGUUGCUGAUGCAUUAUCAAGAAGGUACAAUCUCUUUUUGUUUAAAAAAAGUAAGCUUUGUGUUCCUAAAUGUUCUAUAAGAGAUUUGCUUGUGAAAGAAGCCCAUGGGGGUGGAUUGAUGGGACAUUUUGGGAUUCAUAAAAGUUAUGAUAUGUUGCAUGAACACUUCUUUUGGCCUAAGAUGAAACAUGAUGUGCAUAAGGUUUGUAGACAAUGUUUUAAAUGUAAAUCAACUAAGUCUAGAUCACAACCAAAUGGUUUGUAUACUCCCUUGAAUGUACCUAAUGAACCUUGGACUAAUAUAUCUAUGGAUUUCGUUCUUGGUUUGCCUCGAACUAAAAAGGGUAGAGAUAGUAUUUUUGUUGUGGUGGAUAAAUUUAGUAAAAUGGCUCACUUCAUAGCAUGUAACAAGACAGAUGAUGCAAAGCAUGUGGCUGAUUUAUUCUUUAGGGAGGUGGUAAGGUUACAUGGCAUUCCUAGAACUAUUGUUAGUGAUAGGGAUGUUAAAUUUUUAAGCCACUUUUGGAAGGUGUUGUGGGGUAAGUUGGGUCCUAAAUUGUUGUUCUCAACUACAUGUCAUCCUCAAACUGAUGGCCAAACCGAGGUGGUUAAUAUAACAUUGGAAGCAUUACUUAGGACUAUUAUUUCAGAGAAUAUUAACUCUUGGGAAGAAAGUUUGCCAUUUGUAGAGUUUGCAUAUAACAGGGCAAUUCAUAGUACCACACAUUGUUCUCCUUUUGAGGUUGUUUAUGGAUUCAAUCCACUUACACCCCUUGAUUUGCUUCCUAUUCCAUCUAAUGAAUUUGUUUGGAUACAUUUUCGCACGGAGCGCUUUCCCUCGAAACGGAAGACAAAGUUACAUCCACGAGGGGCUGGUCCUUAUCAAGUUCUUGAAAGAAUUAACAAUAAUGCAUACAAGAUUGAUCUUCCAGGUGACUUUUCAGUAAGUUCUACUUUCAAUGUUGCUGAUUUGAGUCCUUUUGAUGUAGGUGAUGACUUAUCUGAUUCGAGGACGAAUUCUGUUGAAGAGGGGGAAGAUGAUAAGAAUCAUGGUGUUCCGCACGUCUCCACUGGACCUAUUACACGAGCCAAGGCUAAGAAGCUUCAACAAGCAUUCCUUAUUCACGUACAAAAUUGGAUAGGCUCAGUUCAACCUUUAUUUCAGAUGCUGCAAAAUAAUCCAAGCGAGGACGAUGUUGUGAAGGUCAACGUUUGCAAGAUUGACGUUGUGCCAACAUUUUAA